UCUUGUUUUCGCCCGACUUGCUUCUGACUUUUCGCGGCCAUGUUUGAGUACCGAUUUUGACGACGGUGACGGCGGCAGUGCUUCGCGUUUUCCUCUCGCGCGCGUAAAAGUGACAAUUUUUUGACAUCCCCCGGUGGCAACACCGAACGGUGGAGGUCCCAGAAAAUCCGUCCGUAAAGCGAGCGCGCGCGGCAAACGGAUUUUGACAACAACAAGCCCGGAACUCCGGAUUCCGGACGGGGUUGAAGAAAAAAAAAAGGUGUGUGUGCGUGCGCGUUUGCAAGAGGAAGCUUCCGCGGCGACGAGCGAACCCCAAGCAACGGCGCUUCUUCCCAUGUUCGCACGGAUCGUCCCGGACCUCCGACCAAGUGAAGCCUGAGAGGAACGAGCCCCCCCUCAACCCAGCAAGGGGAGCGUGAUCCCGUUUGGCCAGCAGCCGGGUUCACCCCGAAAAUUAUGAAGAAAAUAGUGCAACCCGUACGGAAGGUAUACGGAUCGAGCACACAAGCAACCAUUCAGCCACAAACCCAACAGCAACAGCACCAGCAGCACCCCCAGCAAAGCACGAUGCAGAUGAACGCGGUCCGGAAGAUCAACAGCCUGCUGCAGAGCGGUGCCGUCAGCGUGACCGGCAUUCCCGGCAACCAGCCCCGGAUGAUGCAGAAGAAGCCGCUGAACACGCAGCAGACGAGCGUCUCGAUCACAACCACCAACAGCUACGUGUCGAAGCAGCAAAAGUGUUACGUUUGUGGCGAUAGUGCGGGGAUCAACGCGACGUUGCUGACGGAGGCGUCGACGGCCACUUCGCAGACGGAGUUUACGUCGAAGAUUGCGAAGAUCGUGGGGGAGGGCUACAUGGUGAUUAUCGGGACGGACGAUGUCGUUUGUCGGCGGUGCAUCACGCUGUUCAAUCAGAUGGACAAGCUGGAGACGGACCUGGAGCACGUGCGGAACACGUUGACCAGUUAUAUUCACAAAAAGUAUAACAUCUUGGAUGACGACCCGGGAAUAGCACCGCCACCGGCAAAGAUUCAGAAGCUUGGCGGGGGUGGAGUUGGUACGGCAGCGACGACGUACAGCAUAAAAACGGUGAACGACUCGGGCCAGGAAGCGAUAAACUCUUCGGGCAAGCUGUCGGAUCUGAACAAUAGUUCCGCGAUGGACAUCGAGAGCCAACUGUCGAACAUGUUCGACAAGCAGCCCCAGCAGCAGCAGAUUGUAACACAGCAGCAGAUUCAGCAACCACAGCAGCAGCAACACAUCCAGACGACAAACAACGGGGCGAACAUCGUGAGCAGUACGGCACCGCCGACGACCGCGACGAUCCGUCGUAACCCAAUCAAAAUGUACAAGUGCAUGUCGUGCGACUUCAAGACGCAAGAUUUGACCCAGUUCCAGCCGCACUACGAGCAGUGCAAAGGAAACGCCAACCAGCAACAGCAGCAGCAGGUGACGAAUCCAACGGCUACGGCCACGACGACGACCUCUUCGGCGUACCGCUGCAAGCUGUGCAAGAAGAUCUUUGCCUCGGUUGCACUGCUCAAGCAACACAACGCGCUGGAACAUCAGCAGAAUGUCGUCCAGCAACAGCAGCAACCGACUGAGAUCAAGAUCAUCGAUCAGCAGGGCGGCGCGGGCACGACGAUAACCCAGCUGUUUGCGUGCAACAUGUGCACGUACAAGACGCCGGACAAGCAAAACUACGACGACCAUCUGCGCAAGCACAUCAAGCUGAAACCGUUCAAGUGUCGCGUGUGUCUGAUGCGGUUCGAAACCCGCGAGCAGGCCUCGAUCCACGCCAAGAACCACCAGCCCGACUACUUCAAGUGUGGCAUCUGCAACGUAACGUUCAACAAGCGUGAGCUGCUCAUGAAACAUUUAGAAACGCACGAGAACGUGAAAAAGCACGCCCCGGUGCAAAAACACACCUCGAUCGCGUCCGUUCAGCAGUCCCAGCAGCAGCAGCAACAACAGCAAAUCAUCCACCAGCAGCAACCUCAGCCCCAGAUUCACAUCAAGAGCGAGAGCAUGCCAGUGGUGAACCAGGUGGCCGAUUCGUCCACCCAGAAGCUGCUGCAGGCCUCGAUCGACGAAGCGCUGCGGGACACGAUCGGCGAAACGAUCGACGCCAAGUCGAUCCAGUUCCACUCGUGCAACACCUGCUCCCUGACAUUCCUGAACGAGAAGCUCUACAGUCAGCACAUGAAGAUGCACCAGGGUGGCGCCGUCCACACGCCCAUCUCGACGAUCGGCACCGCGCCGCAGCCCACCACGGUCACCACCAGCAAAAAGAUGGUCAACGCGAACGCGGCCGCACUCAACAACGGCCAGCAGGACCAACAGCAGCAGCAGCAGCAGCAACACAAGCUGAUGGGCGCCGGGACGUCCGUGAGCUCAGGAGCGACCCUGACCACGAGCCAUAACAGCAACACCAUCUCGGACGGGGACCUGGAGAGCAUCUUCGAGAAGAUCCACUCGGACAAGAGCGAGGUGAACGCGGCAGGUGGUGGAGGUGGCGGAGAGAUGGUGAUUACGAGCCAGGACAAUGCAACCGGAAACAUCACGUACAGCAUUACGCUGGCGCAGGGACAGGACGGAGGGCAGACGCAGACGUACGUCCAGCAGCAGCAGCAGCAGGAUGGCGGCGACGGUAAAAUGAUCCUCCAGAACCAAGGUCCGAUCGAUAUGCCAACGCUCGACCAGGGUGAAGACCAACAGCAGCAGCAGCAGCAGUCCAAGCAGGACCAGCAGAUGAACAUGCCCGUCAGCAUGCCCAGCUUGGACGACGACGGCGAGCAGUCGCAAAACAGUCAAAACUCGAACGCCGAGGGAGUGCCGCUGGAGCUGGAAGGCAUGCAGGACGAGAACGGCCAGCAGAUCAAGUUUAUUUUGAACGAAAACGGGCAGAUCUUGCAGCUGGACAAUCACAUCUUGACGACGGACGCCGACGGAAACCAGAUUCUGGUUCAGGGCGCGGACAGUGAGCACAUUCAGCAGCUGCUGCAGGGCGUCGGCGUGUUGAUGCAGGGUGGUGAGGGACUGGGCGAGGGUGAAACGCUCCAGAUGAUCGGCGGAGAUGGCCAGACUGGGCAGAUGAUUUUAGUUCAGGGCGCCGAUGGGCAGGAACAGCUGAUCGAUGCUUCGCUGCUGAACGCCGACGGAAACAUUGUAAUCCAGCAAUCUCAAGAGGGCGAACUGAACGCCGAAGGGACUCACAUUACGACCGAAGACGGCCUCCAGAUCCCGGUGUCGUUCACCACGUCCGGCGAGGUAGACCAAGAAGGCAACCUCACGGUGGCAAUGUCCGGCGGUGAAGGCGGCGAGCAGCAGAUCCAACUGCAGCUGCAGCAAGCCGAAGGUGACGAACAGCACCAGCACAUCGAGGGCGUCGACGGUCAGCAGCACGCCAUCCUGACCGAGGGCGGUCACAUCAUUCUGCACCAGCAGCAAGAUCAGCAGAAACAGGACGACGAAGCGACGGACGAGACCGGCCAAGCCCAGGCAACCGCCCAGACCACCUCGAGCUCAACGACCGGCAGUAGCAGUGCGGCGGCAGCGGCCACGACCUCGGCCAGCGGCGCCGACGAGCAGGGAAUGUUCAACUUUGAUGAACUCAUCCAGCCUCAGGUGGUAAUCAAACAGCAGCCACCCCCAUCGGCCCAGUAAAAGAAGGAGUAAAAAGGGGAGCAUCUUAUCGAGUUAUUCGGACUCUUCGAUCCAGAGUUUUAGAAAGGAAGCGUAGAACUUAAGCUAACUGCACUUUGCUGAUUGACGCAAAAUAAAAAAAAUUGUACAUAAUGAUUUUCUAGCUGUAAAUGGUUGAACACAAAAAAUAGUAGAUCAAACGAAACAAACAAAUAAUUAUUACGGCUCAUGCUUGUAAAUACAAAUAGUUACGGAAGAUUUUAGAAUACCUACUUAUACAAAAAAAAAACAAUUGAAGAUUUAGAAAUAACCAGCAAGAUUGAUUUUUUUCUUUGAAAUUUGAAUUGUAUUUUUCACGUAAUUGCAUCGCCAAACCUGUUAAUUUACAAAUUAUACCACAACUCGUCUUAUAAGAAACACAACACAAACACUUUUGCAUUAGUCCUUAAUCCUACAACACACGCGUUUCGGCAAGCCUCAUUUAAGAAUAAAACGCGAACGAGAGAGAGAGAGAAAAUGUUUUAUAAUAAAAAAAAAUGAUGAUGAAGAAUAACGGCUAAGUGAUAAUUAAUAAGAAAUAGUGACUAUAAUUAUGGUACUCCCUACACAGACACACAUACACAAUACUGAUGCUAUUUUAAAGUGAAUAAUUUUUAGGACUUAGAUUUACUGGAGAAAAAAAAUGCAGCCACUAUUAUCAGAAGAGAACGAAAGAAAGAGAGGAAGUGGAUGCAGCAAACAGAAUGAAAUUCAAAUAAACGUUAAAUC